UAAAUAAAUUGAUAUGGCGUAAAAGCUGAUCGAUGUUAUUUGUUGAAAACAAAGUUUUUAAUAUAAAUAUUUUAUAAUACUACGUUUAAAUAAGGUUACGUUAUAAAAAAGAUAUCGUUUUAACUUAAAACAUGGAUGAAAUAGAGAAAUUAAGUUGUAAGGAAGAAUUAGAGAAUAGCGAUAUGGACCAGUCAGCUACUGAAGAACUCAAAGACAUUGAGGAGAAACCUAAGAAAAAGAAGAGGAGACGACGAGAAAUAGAUAUGGUAAUCAAACUAUCUGAUGAUGAUGAGACGGAUGAUGAAGGCCUGGCCAAGAAGCUCCUGCGCCGUCUUAGUCCCGGGCCUAACUCGCCGGCGUCUCACAGGGAGCCCAGGACUUGUGUUCUGAAGGCCAGUCAAAAGCGUCGUCCCCUAUCUCGUUUGCUAGAACAACUUCUUCGGAACUUAGAAAAACGAGAUCCAAAUCAAUUCUUUGCCUGGCCGGUGAAUGACAACUUUGCUCCGGGAUACUCCACCAUAAUCAGGAAACCAAUGGACUUCUCCACGAUGAAACAAAAGAUUGAUGACAAUGAAUACAAAUCUCUGAACUGUUUUAUUGGUGACUUCAAACUAAUGUGCAAUAACGCUAUGAAGUACAACAAGGCCGGCACGGUGUACCACAAGGCAGCUCGGAGACUCCUCCACGCUGGUCUGAAGCAGCUCACCCCGCAGAAGCUGCGACCUCUUGGCAACAUCCUCACUUACAUGUACGAGAUUCCGAUCCGUGAGCUGGGCUUCGAUAUCGGAAAGAUGGAUGUGCAUAAGGUGCUAAAGCGAACGAGCCCGAUGAAGAGCGGCGGCUCGGAAGCGGAGACGGUUUCGGACGGGCAGGAGCGCCAGGACUCCGGCGACAGCGUCAAGAUACAGAUGGAGGCCGCCAGGGAGCAGCACCGCCGAAGGCUGGCCAAGAAAGCCUUCCCACGCAUGGACUCCGAAGGCAAGACCACGCUGUGCCUGGUCACCAACACCGUGGAAGGCUCUGGAGAUGAAAAGCCGCUGACCCUGGGCAAAUACAUCGGCAAGCUCUCGCAAGGAACGGGAUCUUUGCACACGCCUCGCGAAGAUCGACGUAACCUGGCGAAAGGCGUCAAGCCACUUCACUACGGGCCCUUCAGCUCCUACGCGCCGUCCUACGACGGCACUUUCGCCACGCUCACCAAGGACGAGUCGCACCUCAUCUACCACACGCUGCCGGCGGAGACCGGGCAAGGCAACGAGGAGUUGCUCCGCUUUGCACCCGAUUCACCAUGGACUCUAUUCUACGACAUGGAAGCCAUGUUCCCUGAGAAGAAGACGCAGCCAGAGCCACCGCCUAAGGACGACAAUGACAUAUCAAAAGUAAAGGUGGACGUCGACCAGCUGCGGACUUUAUCAGAACUGGGCAUCGACGUGGAGUUCUUAGCGGAGUUGGAAGACGACAUCGCGGCGUCGCAGCACGACUACGGCAUCGGGCCCGCAUUGAGACACACCUGCGAGCUGCUGCAACGCCUGGAGAGGGAGCAGCGGGAGCGGCUGUCAGCGCCGCCGCCGUGGCACCUAUCUCUGAUACCAAGACCUUCUGGCUCGGAGCGCGAGGUGGCGCGCCAGGUGACGUCAUGCCUGCGCGGCAUGGUGGCGCGCGUGCCGCCGCGACACGUGGCGCCGCUGCACAGCGUCCGCAAGGCCAUGGGCGUCACCCUGGACCACCUGGACACACCGAUGGCAGUAGACGACUUUGAGCUGGAAAUGCACGAGCCUCGGGACACCGCAUCGGACCGCGACUCCCGUUCAAGCCAUGACAAGUGACCGCGAACGAGCUUCAGCGAUUGACCAAGAGAUGGCGUUAAAUUCGCUUUACAUGGCGCUAAAAAAGUUUAAUUAUUUUUAUGGUAAUGGUAGAAAAAAAGACUGCCGUGGGUUAUAUUCAAUGAUAACAUUGAAUUAGUGCAAAUAAUAUGAUUAGAAUAAUAAGCU